AUGACUUUUCACCAUGGUAUUAGAUCUGUCUGGCCGUCCAAAAUCCUCUUUCACAAGAGUCUCCAAAACCAUCUCACAGCCUACUCGGCCCACCCCAGCUAUGUCAGUGUGGUAAAGGAGUACCAGCCGUUGAUCGAAGACAUCAUGGCCGUCGAUUGGGUCUUCGUCACUAAUGAUCUCCACGUGGCCUUGCCACCGACUGGGUCUGCGAUUCAACUGAAGGACAAUCUGGGUGAUGAUGUAAAAGUGGGCAUCAAGGGAAUUAAGGAACCCAGGAGGGCCAAGGGGUUUUCGGUCACGUGGCUCUCGGUUUUUCCUGGACAGAACCAAUUGGAGACAGUGGAAGGGAACGAGGAUUUGGCGAUUUUGGAAGACAAGGUUAGGGGUUUUGUGGAGAGUGAGCUUGUUGUUGAUUUUGUGGUACCGCCACCAAAAUCUGCCGGUGUUUGAGUUUGAUGGUUGUCAUUUUGGAUCACAGUUUAAUGCAUUGGAAAAUGUCAAAAUCUAUUACUGCGCUUUUACUCUUUUAUCAAACAAAUUUCAGGUGCCUGAAGACUUUUAUCAAAUAUGAUGUUUAUUUCAUAUUUUGUCAAAUAAUUUCCGAAAUAGAAGACUUUAUCAAGAAAAUCUAUUUUUUCAAUCUAUAUUCUAAGAAAAUACAU